UUCUCUCUCUAUCUAUAUUCUAUAUUAGACCUGUGUAGAGGGGAGGGGUUUCUCCUCUUACUCUCUGUUCUCUGUUUGAAGGGAGAAUAGAAACAGAGAGAGAGAUGGACGGCAUGGAAGAGCAAGUUGAAUUGGUGGGGAAGGCAUUUGUGGAGCACUACUACCACCUGUUUGACACAAAUCGCCAAUCUCUGUCCUCUCUCUACCAACCCUCCUCGAUGCUCACUUUUGAGGGUCAGAAUAUACAAGGGGUCCAAGACAUUGCCGGAAAACUAACACAGUUGCCUUUCGAUCAAUGUCAGCAUGUCAUUUCCACCAUUGAUUCCCAGCCCUCCUCCUUUCCCGGCGGCAUCAUCGUCUUUGUUAGUGGCAACCUCCAAUUGCCCGGUGAAGAGCAUCAACUAAGAUUUAGCCAGAUGUUUCACUUGAUUCCCACGAUACAAGGAAGCUUUUAUGUGCAGAAUGACAUAUUUCGCCUGAAUUAUGGUUGAUUUAUCAUUAAUUCGAUCACCUUGUUGUAAUGUGUUUCCUCUGUUUCUAAUUUGCUCCUGAGUUCGUGUGUGGUUGUGGAAAUAAAAUGGGAUGGAAAUCAUCAUUGUGAUCGAUAUAUCUUUGAAAUUUAAUUAGAUUGUGGUA